UACAUGUAGCUGGGGGUGUGCCAAUAUAAUUGCAGAAACUAAAUACAAGUCCUUGAUCAUCAACCUUAUUCCAUGGCUCAGCACAUCUCCCUCUCAGCAGAAACUGAGACACUGAGCCAAGUGCUAGGCCUAGUAGAAGCAUUUAGAGCUUUUGAUGCAGACAAUGAUGGCAAAAUUACUGCUGCGGAGCUUGGUGGGAUUUUAGGGUCACUUGGGUACAACCCUAGUGAAGAAGAUGUGCGGGCAAUGCUGCAGCAAGGGGACACGAACAAAGAUGGGUUUCUGAGCAUCGAGGAGUUCUUGGAAAUGAACACGAAGAAUAUGGAAUUCGGGGGACUCGUUAAUGUUCUCAAGAACGCUUUUGAGGCGUUGGAUGUCAAUGGGGAUGAGAUUGUGACUGCAGAGGAGCUUUAUGAGGUUAUGGGAGAUGAUUUGGGGUUUGAGCUCACACUUGAGGAUUGCGAGGGGAUUAUUGCUUCAAUUGAUAUAGAUGGGGAUGGGGCUGUUAGCUCAUGAUGACUUCAAACUUAUAGUCAACUCACUCUGAGAUUUCUAGUGUUGUAUGAUCAAAAAUAUAAUUAUACUAGUGUCUAGUACGUAGUCAAGUAUGUAAUAUGUCCAAUCCCUUGUGAAUAAAUUGGCUGGCCCUAGCUUUUCUAGCACAUAUAAAUUGGCUGGCCCUAGUUGUGACUUCUA